CCACUACCAAGUAGUUACUAUGGCUCCUCAACACCAGAACGACUCGAACAAGACGGACGCCAAGCCUGUGGCUAUCAAAAACACUCUAAAUCAAGAGGUAGAACACUACAAGUUCGACCACCCUGAGUUGCUCAGUGUAUACCCAGAGACCAAGUUCGACCCGAUCCCCGUUCUACCCGUGGAAGACCGUGCGCUCAACGCUGACCCGACGUUCAAGAACCUGCUCAAGGACGCGACGGUGACGCACCUGGCCCCUAAGAUCGGCACCGAACUGGCCGGUAUUCAGCUACACGAACUCACGAAUGCACAGCGUGACGAGCUGGCUCUGCUGAUCGCUCAUAGGGGCGUUGUCUUCUUCCGUGACCAGGAGAUCAACAUCGAACAGCAACUGGAGCUCGGACGCUACUAUGGCCCUCUACACGUCCACCAGAACUUGGGCCACCCAAAGGAUCACCACGAGGUUGUAGUAGUGGAAAACUCGGUGGAGACGAGCGAGGGAUUCCUCAAACGUCAAAUGUAUGACCCUUUUAACGCGUGGCACACCGAUGUGUCCAACGAGCGCCAACCUCCGUCGUACACAAGCUUUAAGGUGCUGACGAACCCUCCGGUCGGUGGUGACACCCUAUGGGCUUCGGCCUACGAAGCGUACGAUCGCCUCACGCCCCCAAUGAGAGAGUUCAUCUGUGGCCUCACAGCCAUCCACACGGGCGUUCCUCAAGCUACUGCGGCUGCAGCUCGCGGUCAGACGAUUCGUCGUCCACCGGUGGAAUUCGAGCACCCGGUUGUGCGUACCCAUCCUGUGACCGGACGUCGUGGUCUCUACGUGAACCCUGCCUUUACGAAGCGUAUUGUGCAGCUCUCGAAGGCGGAGUCUGAUGCUGUACUGAAACUUCUUUACCAGCACGUUACGGAAGGUCACGAGUUUCAGGUGCGUUUCCGCUGGACGAAGAAUGCCGUGGCUAUUUGGGACAACCGCUCCACUUUCCACUACGCGACGUUCGACUACCUACCUGGAAAUCGUCACGCUAUUCGAGUGACGCCGCACGGAGAGGUCCCGUAUUUUGACCCUAAAGCUGUGGCCAAGUAAACAGUGUAGUAAGUCGCUCGAUGGUGGCUUGUCGAGAACUACCAGAAAUCUCAGCUGAUACUUGUGUGUAGCUGCCGGAGCUAUGGCGUAUUACGUGGAAGAUGAGAUUUGAAUAAUGCUACUGAAGUAGACAUCAUUGGAAUGUUUUUCG